AUGACAGGACGUAACCACUCCAGGAGGAAGAGAAAGAUGUCGGCGGCUGAGGAGGAGAGGGGGACCGAGGGCGGCCCGGGGGGCUCAGCGUCCUCCUCCUCGUCCCCCAGCCACCAGCUCCCCCAGAGUAACACCCUGCUCGGACUCCCCAUCGUGGCCAUCGAGAACAUCCUGAACUUCCUGACCUACGACGAGAUCAGCCAACUGCGCCUGGUCUGCAAGCGCAUGGAUCUGGAGUGUCAGCGCAUGCUGAACCAGGGCUUCCUGCGGGUGGAGCGCUACCACAGCCUGUGUCAGAAACAGGUCAAAGCACAGCUGCCCAGGCGAGAAUCAGAAAGGAGGAAUCACUCUCUGGCCCGUCAUGCAGACAUCCUGGCUGCGGUGGAGACCAGGCUCUCACUACUUAAUAUGACUUUUAUGAAAUACGUCGACUCUAAUCUGUGUUGUUUCAUCCCAGGCAAGGUUAUUGAUGAAAUCUACAAUGUACUAAGAUAUGUUAACUCUACAAGAUCCCCUCAGCGAGCUCACGAGGUCCUGCAAGAAUUACGAGACAUCUCCUCUAUGGCUAUGGAGUAUUUUGACGAAAAAAUUGUUCCCAUCCUUAAGAAGAAGUUACCUGGCUCUGAAGUGUCGGGGCGUCUCAUGGGUUCUCCUCCAGUUCCGGGUCCUUCCACCACCUUGAGUACAAUGCAGCUCUUCUCCAAGCAAAACCCGUCGAGACAGGAAGUGACGAAACUAGUACAGCAGGUGAAGGCCAACGGGGCCGGCCUGACCGUCCUGAGGCGGGAGCUGUCCGAGCUGCGCACCAAGGUACAAGAACAGCAGAAACAGCUUCAAGACCAGGACCAGAAACUUCUAGAACAGACCCAAAUCAUAGGCGAGCAGAACGUCCGCCUCGCCGAGCUAGAGCACAAACUGCGCGACGUGGUGGAGAGCGCGGUAGGCCCCUCCGGAGCAGGCCAGGAUGAGUCCCCCCGGAAACGGAAGAAAGUAGUCGGGGGCGCGGACUGUCCUAGGAAAUCAAAGCGCCUCCGAACCCGGAAGUAACUGGAUAAAACCUAAAAAAGAAAAAAAAAUGAUAAACUGUUUUAGCUAGCGGCAUGGUUUCCUGGACUGGGCACUGGUGGACAACCGAGGCGCAACUGGAGCGCAAAAUGUUGUUGUAGGUUCCACUUUACCCUUCCAUGCAGUUCAAUGCCACAGUUACAGAUGAGCACCUUGCAGGUUACUCCUUAGUUCCAUACUUCUUAGUUGUUUUUUGUUGUUUUUUUUCUCUUUAUUUUGCAGCCAUUAGGAGGUAGGUUACCGUGGAAACGUCAUUGCUGUCGAUGGAUCCAGCGAAUGCACUACAUUACAUGUGUGCAGGAAGGGAUAGUCUUUCUACUGAGAAAUGUAUUUAUUGACUGGACGAGGGUCCCAUCUCCUGCAUCCUACCACCAGAUACUGACCGCUUAUCUUUAUAGGGCAGGGUUUCCCCAAGCAGGGUGCCUCCAGCUGUUGCAAAACUACAACGCCCAGCAUGCCCGGACAGCCGAAGGCUUGUCCGGGCAUGCUUGGCGUUGUAGUUUUGCAAUAGCUGGAGGCACAUAAUUUAGAAAACACAAGUAGCGCAAAUCGAAUAAAUCUGGUUCAUUCUAUGACUUUUUCGCUCAUGGCUCAACAAAUCCCAGGCGUCAGGACUAGGAAAUGCAUCCUGGCGCCUAGUUUUUUGCCUCAACAGCAUGCUGGGAGUUGUAGUUUUGCAAUAGCUGGAGGCACAUAAUUUAAAAAACACAAGUAGCGCAAAAUCGAAUAAAUCUGGUUCAUUCUAUGACUUUUUCGCCAUGGCUCAACAAAUCCCAGGCGUCAGGGACUAGGAAAUGCAUCCUGGCGCCUAGUUUUUUGCCUCAACAGCAUGCUGGGAGUUGUAGUUUUGCAAUAGCUGGAGGCACAUAAUUUUAAAAACACAAGUAGCGCAAAAUCGAAUAAAUCUGGUUCAUUCUAUGACUUUUUCGCCCAUGGCUCAACAAAUCCCAGCGUCAGGACUAGGAAAUGCAUCCUGGCGCCUAGUUUUUUGCCUCAACAGCAUCCUGGGAGUUGUAGUUUUGCAACAGCUGGA